AUGGUUUGCCUCACCUAUGGGAUUGAGAGUGGAUUCAGACACACAUUUGCGAAGGCCAGGAUCCCCUGCAGCUGCAGGCCCAUUUGCAACUGCGCACCACCCCCAACAUUUGUUUCUCUUCAUCAUGCCCCAUUGUUCAACCAACCUCCUUCAAUUUUCUCCUCACUCUUGCAUCAAUUCUCAAACACCUUUAUCCACGUCAAGUCCAUCCACGCACAGAUUAUCAAGAAUUGGGUGUCCACUGAAAACUUUCUGGCUGCAAAACUCGUUACGGUCUAUUCUGAUUUGGGUUUUCUUGGCCAUGCCCGUAAGAUGUUUGAUCAAUGUUCUCUACCGGAAACUGCCGUUUGCAAUGCCAUGAUGGCCGGGUUCCUGAGGAACCAGCAGCACACGGAGGUUCCCAAGUUGUUCAGAAUGAUGGGGUCUUGUAAUAUAGAAAUCGAUACUUAUACGUGUAUGUUUUCUCUGAAGGCAUGCGCCAGCUUGUUGGAUGAUGAAAUUGGCAUGGAAAUUGUUAGGACAGCUGUUAGAAAGGGGUUUCGUUUGCAUCCCUAUGUCGGUAGUUCGAUGGUUAAUUUUUUGGUGAAGUGUGGCUAUCUUGAUGAUGCACAAAAUGUCUUUGAUGGGAUGCCGGAAAAGGAUGCUGUAUGCUGGAAUUCGAUCAUUGGUGGUUAUGUGAAGAAGGGCCUCUUCACGGAGGCAAUUCAAAUGUUCCCUGAGAUGAUUGGUGGUGGGUUAAGGCCGAGUCCAGUUACAAUGGUGAGCUCACUCAAAGCGUGUGGAGAGAGUGGACUUAAAAAAGUUGGAAUGUGUGCUCAUGGUUGUGUCCUUGCUUUAGGCAUGGGCAAUGAUGUAUUUGUGCUUACUUCGAGGAUGUUCUCAAACAUCAGACUUGGAAAACGGAAGAAUCCUCCAUGCUUGUAUCAUUAG